UUUAUUUUACUAUUAGAUUAAACAUUUUAGCAACAUUUACAGUUAGGACAGGAAUCAAGGGUUAAGGAUUCUCAGCAGACUGUGCAUGUCUGUUACUCAUUGUUUUGUUGGGGAAAACUGAAAGAAUUACUUCUCUUACAGCCUCUUCCUCUUUUAACAUUGCUUUUUUUGGUCUGGAUUUUACCGGCAGGGAGGGAGGCAGCUCUGUGCUGCUCAUAACCUGUUCUGCCGGCUUGUAAAGAAGGGGCACCAACAGCACAGGUGCGGCAGAGAACUGUCAGCUCACAAAAAAAUUCUUCUCUUGUCCCGAAUCUACUUGGAUCUGGCAGCAUACCCCGAACAUCUCUCUGAGCUCAUUUUAUUUCUAUAUUGGGAUGAGCAGCAAAUGACUCAGGAUUUGAACAGAAGAAGACUUGAUAAUCAUUGGGAUGAUUUCUGCAGACCUGGCUGUUAAUAAACAGCUCAACAGACAAAUGUUUAUUUAGCUCAUUACAUCACAAUAUCCUGACACCAGAAGACCAGAUUAUAUUUUGUAUUUUAAUCAUUGUUUGAAGGGAUAACAUCACUGGAUACCUGUUCUGUGUAUGUGUGUGUGUUCUUCAAUCAUAUCACUCAGAUCAUCAGAAUGGGAGAAUUAUUUUAAAAUUCGGAAAAUACAUAAAUAUAUCUCCUUUUUCGGUGUUGUUGGAUUUUUUUCCACUGUGCUGUGGGAAACACAAAGCCAGAACAUGAGGGUAGCCUUGAGGUGAAAGUGGGCAUCUUGUACCUGGUACCACAAGAUGCCUUGGUGGUGCUGCUGCUGUUUCUUCCCUCCAUAUCUCUCUGAGGAGGAUAUUACGGCUCUGACUGUGAACAGAGAGAUUGAAAGAAUUCUUAAACUCCAGAAGGAGAUUAGCCGUGGUGAGAUAAAACUUCUACUUUUGGGAACAGGAGAGAGUGGAAAGAGUACAUUCAUAAAGCAGAUGAGGAUCAUUCAUGGAACAGGAUUCUCUGAGCAAGAGCGAAAGUUUUAUGCCCGGUUUGUCCACCAAAAUAUUGUCACCUGUGCACAGUCCUUAGUUGGGGCCAUGGAGACUCUGCAAGUGCCUUACACCAUAGAAAACAACCAGCUAAAUGGAAGAAUAAUCCGUGAAUUAGAUGCAUUUAGAAUCCAGAAGAUUGAAGAACCACAUGUCAAAGCCAUUAGCAAAUUAUGGAGUGAUACUGGAAUCCAGAGAUGCUAUGAGAGGAGGAGAGAAUUUCAGCUACUAGACUCAACAAACUACUAUUUGUCUAAUUUGGAGCGCCUUACACAGGAUGGGUACCAACCUACAGAUGAGGACAUUCUCAGGAUCCGAAUGCCAACCACAGGAAUCAAUGAGUACUCCUUCUCAGUGGAGAAUAUGAACCUUAGAAUGGUGGAUGUUGGUGGACAGAAAUCAGAGCGCAGGAAGUGGAUUCAUUCUUUCGAGAAUGUGUCUGCUCUCAUUUACUUGGCAUCUCUGAGUGAAUAUGACCAACGAUUGGAAGAGAACUGCCAUGAUAAUCGCAUGAAGGAAAGCUUGGCCCUGUUUAGAAACAUUCUGGAGCUGCCAUGGUUUCGGGAAACACCAAUUAUCCUGUUUCUUAAUAAAACUGACCUACUAGAAGAGAAGAUUGUCUUUUCAGAUCUGGCUGACAACUUCCCCAGAUUUAAAGGUCCUCGUUGUGAUGCUGAGGCUGCUAAGCAAUUUAUCCUAGACAAUUACAGAGAGAUCUUCAAGAAAAUCAGAAAGCAAGACGCUUCUGGCAAGGAUGACCCGAAAAACAAAGUCUACCAUCACUUCACUUGUGCCACAGACACAGACAAUAUCCGGAAGGUUUUCAACAAUGUAAAAGAGGCUGUUUUAGUUAAGUACCUGGUGGACUUCGGUAUUUUGUGACAUCCACAGCUCUCAAAAGAUGGCAAUACUUUUAGUGAUAUAUAAGAACUUCCUAUGUUGGAAAGGCUAUGUGAUCAAAAAUAUACACAUCAUCAUUGACCUUAUUUAGUUCUGUAAAGCUUCUUCUAACUGAAAACAUCAACACAUACAGUAACUUUUACACAACAGACCUCAAUAGAAUAUUUAAUUUAGAUAGAACAAUUAACUUUUAUAGAGGAAUUAUUUGUUAUUUACAUAUGCAGUUCUAAAGGUCUUACUUGAUGAGUUUUCCAGCUCUGUACUUGGAGAAAGGAAAGAUUUUCUGUACCAUUUUGCCCAUUGCUGUAUACAUUAAAUACUUUUGUUUUUCUCUGGAUUUUAUCAUUUAGGUGAUUGACAAGUUACAUGACGUCCUUUAGAGUGCAUAGCCUGUAAUUGCACACAAGAAUCGUCAAAAGAAUCCUAAUGAUUUAGAUUACAUUAGGAAGCAUAGGCAGAUUACAAUACAGGAUGGAUUAAGGCACAGACCUAGAUUUAAGGAGCGGUGCUUAAAACAUAAACAUCCAGGACAUCUACUGUUCUAUUGAGUUCUAUUGUAUAUGAACUAGACAUGAUCUAGCACAAUGUUUCUUUUGAGCAAGGCACUAUCUGGCUACAUUUCUAAGCCGAGCUGUGACUGCUCAAGAUCUGGUUUGGCAGAACAGCCCUGAAAGCAGAAGUGAUAAUUUGAUAAGUAUGUUUAAAACCAAUGGUUUAGCUAUCUGUCAGUACUUGAAAACUUUUUUUUUUUAUACAGUAUUAUACAGUAUGUUACGCUCACAAGUUUGAAAAGGAGUGCAAAAAAUACCUUUUUGGGAACUCAUUUAAUAAAAUGUAUUGAAGGAAUGGAAGAUGGUACCGGAAUAAUUAUUCUUUCUUUUACUUGUGAUGAAACGACACUAUAAAAUUGUAUAUGUACUUGUCGUUCCCAUAUGCGGAUGUGUGAUAUAUUUAUUUAUACAACUGUUUGCAUUUUUCUGUAAGGCAAUAAAUUAAACUGCAACAA